CCCUCUCUGAGUUAGGGUUUUUGAUUCGACGUAUCUCUUUUGUUUCGAUUUUGUCUCUGUAUCGAUUUUCUCGCCGCGAAUUUCGAUAGGUUCUUCACCAAACGAUUCGGUCUUGUUUCUCCAUUGUUGUUUGCUUCUCUAUCGGCAAAUAUGGCUGGUAAAGGCGGGAAAGGACUUAUAGCUGCGAAGACGACGGCAGCUGCUAACAAAGACAGUGGUAAGAAGAAAUCCAUCUCUCGCUCUUCUCGCGCCGGUAUUCAGUUUCCAGUGGGUCGUAUUCAUCGUCAACUCAAGCAAAGAGUUUCAGCACAUGGAAGAGUUGGUGCCACUGCUGCUGUCUACACUGCAUCAAUUCUAGAAUACUUAACUGCUGAAGUUCUCGAGUUAGCUGGAAAUGCGAGCAAGGAUCUGAAAGUGAAGAGAAUAACACCAAGGCAUUUGCAACUUGCAAUCAGAGGAGAUGAGGAGCUUGACACUCUCAUCAAAGGAACAAUUGCAGGAGGAGGUGUGAUCCCUCACAUCCACAAGUCCCUUGUCAACAAAGUCACCAAGGAUUGAGUAUCUGUCUCCGAGUCCUAAGUCUCAGUUUACUUUACUAUGUGCUUUGCUAGUUAUAUUAGCUAUCUCAUGGACGUCCUUCAGUGUAUAUGGGUUCAUUUUAACUUGUAGGUCUCUCGUUUUAGACUCAUACUCCUGUUAUUUUGCUAAUGCUUACAUGAUUAAGGAUGAUGAUUCUUGAUU